GCACUAUAAAAGAAUAGAGGAGAGAAAAAAGGUCCGUCCAUAAGAGCACACGUCGCCGAGAACACAAUAUCGAGUUGGAAGACGUGUUUUGCUCCUCUUUUAUAACAAGGAAUUACAGUUUAUCAAAUAAGGAAUAAUCAUUUUGCAACUAGAAGAAAGCGUUCCAGAGAGGUGGCACGGGCAGUGUAGAUCCGUGGCAAGAUGACUUUUUCCACUCAACUGGGCUUACUGUUGUGGAAGAACUUCACUUACCGACGGAGACAGACUAUUCAGCUACUGGUCGAGAUAGUAUGGCCCCUCUUCAUCUUUUUCAUCCUGAUAUCAGUCAGACUUUUCUAUCCUCCCUACGAGCAACAUGAAUGCCACUUUCCCAAUAAGGCCAUGCCCUCUGCGGGGACUCUACCAUGGGUUCAGGGCAUCAUCUGCAAUGCCAACAACCCUUGCUUUCGCUACCCUACCCCUGGAGAGACACCCGGGGUGGUGGGCAACUUCAACGACUCAAUUAUCUCCCGACUCUUCAUUGAUGCCAAGAAAAUCCUCCUCUACAGCCAACAUGACAAAAGUUUUGAAGGUUUCAAAGGACUCGUCAGGGCCUUGAGAAAACUGCAAAGAAACACUGAAGGUUUCAAGCUGAAGGACUUUCUGCGUGAUAAUGAAACAUUGUCUGUGUUUCUGGAGAGAAAUGCCACCCUGCCCAAACAUGCUGUGAGACAGAUAGUGGAGGCUAAUGUCAACUUGGAGAAGGUGCUUAUUAAAGGGUUUGGAGUUCAUCUUCGAGACCUGUGCAAUUCUACAUCUCUGGAGGAAUUUGUGACUAUAGCUGAUAAAGAAGUGUCUCAGCUGACACAAAACAUCAUCUGCCAAUCAUCGCCUGAAUGGCUGAACAAUGCAGAGAGCCACUUCCUGUCCAACCUGGACUUCCUGAAGCCAAUCCGUAAAGACGUAAAGUCAGACCCGAAGAUUAUCCAAGAUGUGUCCUUGGCAACAGACAGCCUGCUGGAGAGCUUGGGAGCAUUAGCAGUGGAGUUUGCGAGUAUGAAGAGCUGGCGAGACAUGCGAAACGAGAUCCUGUAUUUGACGGGAAACAGCACACAGUCCCCCAACCACAUGUAUCAGGCCGUGUCCCGCAUCGUCUGCGGCCACCCCGAGGGCGGAGGUCUAAAGAUAAAGUCCCUCAACUGGUACGAGGACAACAACUACAAGGCCCUGUUCGGUAAUUACGGCAAUGACAGCGACGACGAGUCUGUUUACGACAACUCCUCCACGCCCUACUGUAACAACUUAAUGAAAGGCCUGGAGUCGAGUCCCAUUUCUCGCAUGAUCUGGAGGGCACUGAAGCCGCUGCUCAUGGGAAAGAUCUUGUACACGCCAGAUACUCCGGCCACCCAGAGGAUCAUCCAAGAGGUCAAUAAGACAUUUCAAGAGUUGGGAGUGCUCAGGGAUCUCGGAGGCAUGUGGGAAGAGAUGAGACCCAAAAUCUGGAACUUUAUGGAGGACAGUGAGGAAAUGGACCUGGUUCGGACACUCCUCCAGAACAACGCUAGCGCUCGCUUCUUUAAUGCCAAGCUAACUGGGACAGACUGGCGCGUGGAAGAUGUUUCCAGUUUUCUGUCCAAGGCAUCAGAGGACACACGUCCCCACGGGACAGCCUACACGUGGCGAGAGGUGUUCAACGAGACCGAUCAGGCCAUACAGACCAUCUCCCGAUUCAUGGAGUGUGUGACCCUGGAUAAGUUGGAACCGGUGGCUAAUGAGGAGCGUUUGGUAAAUAAAUCCAUGCGUCUGUUGGAUGAUCGCAAGUUCUGGGCUGGCAUAGUGUUUCCUGAUAUGCAAUCCAACACAGCCGAGCUGCCUCCCAAUGUCAACUACAAGAUCCGUAUGGAUAUUGAUAAUGUGGAGCGCACCAACAAGAUCAAGGACGGCUAUUGGGACCCUGGUCCUCGGGCUGACCCGUUUGAAGAUCUGCGCUACAUCUGGGGCGGCUUUUCCUACCUGCAGGAUGUUAUUGAGAAUGGAAUCAUCCGGGCACUGACGGGCAGUAAAGAGAAAACUGGAGUUUACCUUCAGCAGAUGCCGUAUCCCUGCUAUGUGGAUGACAUUUUCUUGCGGGUCAUGAGUCGUUCAAUGCCUCUGUUCAUGACUCUGGCGUGGAUGUACUCAGUGGCAAUCAUCAUCAAAGGUGUUGUGUACGAGAAGGAAGCUCGACUGAAGGAGACCAUGAGGAUAAUGGGUCUCGAUAAUGGAACCUUGUGGCUGAGCUGGUUCAUCAGUAGUCUGAUCCCACUGCUCAUCAGCGCUGCCCUACUGGUGCUCAUCCUGAAGAUGGGAAAUCUUCUCCCAUACAGCGACCCUGGUGUAAUCUACUUGUUCCUGGCUUCCUUCGCUGUUGUGACCAUCAUGCAGUGUUUCCUAAUCAGUACGCUUUUCUCACGUGCUAACCUUGCUGCUGCCUGCGGGGGUAUUAUAUACUUCACCCUUUACCUGCCCUAUGUCCUGUGUGUGGCCUGGCAGGAUUAUGUGGGCUUUGGGGCCAAAGUGGUAGUGAGCCUCUUGUCUCCUGUGGCGUUUGGUUUCGGGUGUGAGUACUUUGCUCUGUUUGAGGAGCAGGGGGUUGGCAUUCAGUGGAGUAACCUGCUCUCCAGCCCCAUGCAGGAAGACAGCUACAGUCUCACCACAUCCAUUUCUCUCAUGCUUUUUGAUUCUGUGCUGUACGCCAUCAUGACCUGGUACAUUGAAGCUGUAUUCCCUGGUCAGUAUGGCAUUCCACGUCCAUGGUACUUCCCUUUCACCAAGUCAUACUGGUGUGGAGAGAAAUGUGGUUGGACUUCAUCAGCACCCACCAACAACAAAGAAAAUGCUGAAGCCGCAUGCUUUGAAGAGGAACCAGCCCAUCUGGACCCUGGUGUUUACAUCGAGAACCUGGUGAAGGUCUACAGCAAUGGCAAACUGGCGGUGGACGGUUUGACUCUGGGAUUUUAUGAAGGUCAGAUCACCUCCUUCCUGGGUCACAAUGGUGCCGGAAAAACCACAACUAUGUCUAUUCUCACUGGCCUAUUCCCACCCACCUCUGGGACAGCUUACAUCAUGGGCAAAGAUAUCCGGACCGAUCUAAAUGCAAUACGUCAAAACCUGGGCAUGUGUCCGCAACAUAAUGUCCUGUUUAGCAUGCUUACUGUGGAGGAACAUAUCUGGUUUUAUGCGAGUUUGAAGGGUUUGCCUGAAGAGAAGGUGAAGUCCGAGAUGGAGCAGAUAGUGAUGGAUCUCGGCCUGCCUCAUAAACGCAAGUCUCGCACCAGCCAACUCUCAGGUGGAAUGCAGAGGAAGUUAUCAGUAGCGCUGGCUUUUGUUGGAGGUUCAAAGGUCGUCAUUCUGGACGAGCCCACUGCUGGAGUUGAUCCUUACGCUCGCCGUGGCAUCUGGGACCUGCUGCUGAAGUAUCGUCAAGGUCGCACUAUCAUCUUGUCCACCCACCACAUGGAUGAAGCCGAUAUCCUGGGCGAUCGCAUUGCCAUCAUCUCCCAUGGAAAGCUAUGCUGUGUAGGUUCCUCUCUGUUCCUCAAGACCCAACUGGGAACGGGGUACUACUUGACGCUGGUGAAAAAGGACUUUGAUCUCUCUGCAAGCUCCUGUCGCACCUCCAGUAGCACUGUGUCCUACUCCAAGGGAAGUCUUAAGAAGGAGGACAAUGUGUCUGAGAGCAGCUCUGAUGCUGGACUGGGCAGCGACCAUGAAAGUGAAACAACCACCAUAGAUGUCUCCCUGAUCUCUAAUGUGAUUUUCAAGCACGUUCCUACAGCCAGACUAGUUGAAGAUCUGGGUCAUGAGCUCACUUACGUUCUGCCGCACGAGUCGGCCAAAGCUGGAGCGUUUGUGGAGCUCUUCCACGAGAUAGACGAUCGGCUCAUGGACCUCGGCAUUUCUAGCUACGGCAUCUCUGACACGACCCUGGAGGAGAUUUUCCUCAAAGUUGCAGAGGACAGUGGUGUUGAUGCAGAAUUGUCAGAUGGAAUUAUACCUGCUCGCAGGAACCGCCGACACGCUUUUGGCGACCACCAGAGCUGUCUGAAGCCAUUUACUGAAGAUGACUUUGAUUUUAAUGACUCAGAAGGUGAUCCAGAAUCGCGCGAGACAGACUGGUUGGGUGGUGCUGAUGGGAAAGGAUCGUACCAGGUGAAGGGCUGGAGUCUGAAGAGACAGCAGUUUGUGGCUUUGCUCUGGAAACGCUUCCUGUACGCCCGACGCUCCCGGAAAGGUUUCUUUGCUCAGAUUGUGUUGCCUGCUGUGUUCGUGUGCAUUGCUUUGGUCUUCAGUCUCAUUGUUCCUCCUUUUGGAAAGUAUCCCAGCCUUGCUCUGGAGUCCAGCAUGUAUGAAGAGCAGUUCACCUUCAUCAGCAAUGAUGCACCAGAGGACAGACAUACAAACAUGCUGCUUGAAGCUCUAAAGGACAGUCCGGAUUACACUGAACAAUGCACAGACGAACAGACAUCUAUCCGCAAAUCAUGUCCGAUAAAAGAUGAAGAGUGGACGGUUCCAGAGAUUCCCGAAUCUGUUCUGGAUGUGUUUCUGAAUGGGAACUGGAGUAUGGAGAACCCAUCGCCUUUGUGUGAGUGUAGUUGUGAAGGACGGAAAAAGAUGCUUCCAGAGUGUCCACCAGGAGCCGGUGGUAUACCACCCCCUCAGAUUAAAGUCACCACCACUGAGACCUUACAGAAUCUGACAGGAAGAAACAUUUCCGAUUAUUUAGUGAAAACAUAUGCUCAGAUUAUUGGGAAAAGCUUGAAGAACAAACUCUGGGUCAAUGAAUUCAGGUAUGGUGGAUUCUCAUUGGGUGCCAGAAGCUCACAGGCCCUUCCUCCUGGUGAUGAGAUCACCGAUGCCAUCUCACAUAUUCGUAACCGCUUCAGUUUUCAAGCGGGUACUGCUUCUGACCGCUUCCUGGGAAGCCUGUCAACAUUUAUCCAAGGUCUUGACACCAAGAACAAUGUAAAGAUCUGGUUCAAUAAUAAAGGUUGGCACAGUAUCGGAGCGUUUCUCAAUGUCAUGAACAAUGGCAUCUUGCGUGCUAAUCUGCCCCCCGGCCUGGAGCGGUCGAAGUUUGGAAUCAAAGCCUUCAACCAUCCGCUCAACCUCACCAAGGAGCAGCUCUCACAGGUGGCACUAAUGACGACCUCAGUGGACGUGCUGGUGUCCAUCUGCGUCAUCUUCGCCAUGUCCUUCGUCCCGGCCAGCUUUGUGGUGUUUCUUAUCCAGGAGAGAGUGAGUAAAGCCAAACACAUGCAGUUCAUCAGCGGAGUGCAGCCCUUCCUCUACUGGUUGGCCAACUUUGUCUGGGAUAUGUGCAACUACAUUGUUCCUGCGACCCUGGUCAUCAUCAUCUUCGUCUGUUUCCAGCAAGAGGCUUACGUGUCCUCCACCAAUCUGCCUGUUCUCGCACUCCUGCUGUUGCUCUAUGGGUGGUCCAUAACACCUCUGAUGUACCCAGCUUCAUUCUUCUUUAAGAUUCCCAGUACAGCGUAUGUGGUUUUGACGAGCGUUAAUAUCCUCAUUGGAAUAAAUGGCAGUGUGUCCACAUUUGUCUUGGAGCUUUUUGGCAGCAAUGAGAUUGGUGGCAUCAACAACAUCUUGAAGAAUGUGUUCUUGAUCUUUCCUCACUUUUGUCUGGGCAGAGGUCUCAUUGACAUGGUGAAGAAUCAAGCUAUGGCUGACGCUUUGGAAAGAUUCGGCGAGAAUCGAUUCCGCUCUCCUUUGGCGUGGGACAUGGUGGGCAAGAAUCUCUUUGCCAUGGCUGUAGAGGGCGUGGUUUUCUUCUGCAUCACUGUUCUCAUCCAAUACCGUUUCUGCAUCAAGGCCAGGUCGGUUAGCACCAAGCUAAAGCCAAUAGGAGAGGAGGAUGAGGAUGUGGCCAGAGAGAGGCAGAGGAUCCUGUGUGGAGGAGGACAGUCUGAUAUUCUGGAGCUCAAACAACUCACCAAGGUGUAUAAGAGGAAACAGAAGCCAGCUGUAGACAGACUGUGUGUGGGCAUCCCACCAGGAGAGUGUUUUGGUUUGCUCGGUGUGAACGGUGCUGGAAAGACGAGCACUUUCAAGAUGCUCACCGGCGAUUCUGUCGUCACGAGCGGAGAGGCAUACUUGGCGGGGAAGAGUGUACUGACAGAGAUUGAUGAAGUGCAUCAGAAUAUGGGAUACUGUCCACAGUUUGACGCCAUCAAUGACCUGCUGACUGGCAGAGAACAUCUGGAGUUUUACGCCAUUCUGCGCGGUGUUCCCGAGAAAGAAGUGUGCGAGGUGGCAGAUUGGGGCAUUCGUAAACUGGGGUUGAUGAAAUACGUAGACAAAGCGGCAGGAAGCUACAGUGGGGGAAACAUGCGCAAACUCUCCACUGCCAUGGCACUCAUUGGAGGCCCACCAGUCGUGUUCUUGGACGAACCCACCACUGGGAUGGACCCCAAAGCCCGGCGGGCCCUGUGGAACUGCAUCCUCAGCAUCAUUAAAGAGGGACGCUCUGUCGUUCUUACCUCACACAGUAUGGAGGAAUGUGAAGCUCUCUGCACUCGUAUGGCCAUCAUGGUCAACGGCAGGUUCCGCUGUCUGGGCAGUGUGCAGCACUUAAAGAACAGGUUUGGUGACGGGUACACCAUCAUCCUGCGGGUGGCAGGGGCCGAUCCGCAGCUGGAGCCAGUGAUGGAGUUUAUCGAGCAGGAGCUGCCGGGCAGCAACUUGAAGGAGAAGCACAGGAACAUGCUGCAGUACCAGCUGCCCUCUUCUCUCACGUCCCUCGCCCGCAUCUUCAGCCUUCUCUCCAGAAACAAAGAGCAUCUCCACAUCGAGGACUACUCCGUCUCACAGACCACUUUAGACCAAGUAUUUGUCAAUUUUGCCAAGGACCAAAGUGAUGAGGACCACUUAAAAGACAUUUCCAUGAACAAAAAUGAUGCUGUGGUGGACAUUUCUCAGCUUGGCGCCUUCCUCAUAGACGAGAAGGCCAAAGAGACUGUGGUCUGAUCCCUCAAGACCCCCAUUCAGUGGAUGUGCAAAAAUCCACUUUUCGAGGACUAACGUGUCAUUUUUUUAAUACUUUUAUUUUUAGAUUUUCGUUCUAUUUCAGGGGAGUGUGAGCCCACAAGAGGGGGGUUGGACCUUAAACACACUACUGAAACAAACCAAUGCAAAUCAAUGCAAAAAAGGAGAGAAAAUCAAAGAAGAAAUACACUGAUGAUUGCGAGGUGGAGCCUGGUGCGCCAUGCUCGCUCAUGGUGUGAAACUUGAAGCUGUUCGCUCCACUUGUAGUGAAUAUUUUAUUGACAAGACCUCUGCGAAGUUUCCACCGAAAAUAUCAAUCAGACACUGCCAACGAGAUGUCUAAUUCAGGGCCUAAGUUCAUCUCUUUCAUUUAGCGCAGGCUUAAAACGUUUAAGAACUGUCAAUAAUGCAUUUCAGCAAGAGUUCCUUGUCUUUGUACUUUAUUUUUUAAGAUAUGCUUUUAAAACUAUACUGAAAUGAUAUUUUGUAGAAACUAUGUGCAAUGUUUCACUAUUGUCAAGUGUUUGAAAGUGUGUGGUGCCUUGAAUCAACGCUCCACUAAAGGACUUGAAACAAUACCAGCCAUUACUGGAUGUGAAACAAACGGGCGAAAGAUUUUACGAGGACUGUUCCCUCAAGCACACACUGUCCUCAUAACUACGGUGGUUUUGACCUCUAAUGUGAAGACAGAACUGAAAACGGUUCCACCGAUGUUUGUGGCUGGUUUUUAAAAAGUGAAUUUGGAGGUUUGUUGCAUGCUUUACAUGGCUUUGUCGUUCUGAAGUAUUUCUUCACGGGUAUCAGCGUGUGUACUCAUGUGACCAUUGAGGAGAGUUAUGGUGGAACUUCGGCAGGAGAUUCAUGGUUGUUACAUAGAAGUAUUCCGAUGAAAACCAAGAAAACAUACAAUAAAACAGGCAAAAGGAGAGGCAAGUACAAAUGUGUGUAACUGUACAGAAGCAAAUGUCCGUGCCAAACCAAGUCGAGAGGUUUAAAAUUUUUGCAAAAAAAGAGCUGUAUUAUCAAGCAAAGAUGUUGUCAACAUUGGAUAUUAUCAUUUGUAUCAUUGUGAUUUAAAUCAAGAGUUUCAUAGUACAAUGGGGCCUUUUUUAGGGGACUUUUCAUGGAAAUUACAUUCUCUCCUAUGUCUGGUACAAGAAUUAAUAACUCAGGAUGUGCCUCCUUACCCUGUGUAAAUGAUUAGUUUAAUUUGUUAUAUUAGUUCCACCACUGUACAAGUGGUUAUAUCUCGACCAAUGCUCUCCAUGGCACACUUGUUAGACAACAAUGAAGCCUAAGUGACCAAAAGCAAUGAGGAGCCACCAAUUGAUUUUUCCAAAUCCAUGCGGUGCUUUUUAGUCAAACAACCACGAAAAAAUCUAGCAACAAUCCCUACUGCACACUGAAUAACGUGGAAGAAAGAAAAGUGUUGUCUUUGGUCCAAAACUGAAGCACUUUAUAAAGGUCAAUGUUAAACUGGUCUUGAGAUUCAUGCAAAACAGGACUUUCUGUGUGGCCAUUAUUUUGUUUCUAUGUAUGUGUUUACAUUUUAAAUAUUAAAGCUAUUUCACUCCCUC